AUGGAAAGUCAAGGAGAUGCAGCUGCUGCAAACGCAGGAGGUAGACGAGGACCAAGACCAUCGAACAAGCGUUUACAGCAGACACGGGCACAAGUCGAUGGAGUCGUAGGAAUAAUGAAAGUGAACGUUAAGAAAGUUCUCGAACGUGAUCAGAAGCUAUCGCAACUUGACGAUCGUGCCGAUGCUUUACAGGAAGGAGCUUCGCAAUUCGAAAAGUCGGCUGCGAUGCUGAAGAGGAAAUACUGGUGGAAGAACAUCAAGAUGAUGAUCAUCAUGUGCGCAAUCACUGUGAUUCUGAUCAUCAUCAAUGUGCUCUGGGCUGGCGGAAAGUGA